AUGCAGAUCAGCGUGCCCUGCAGCAGGCCUGUAGUCACGGACUGGGCGCCUGACACUGGUGGAUCUGCUCCAGUGUGUGAGUGCCUGGAGUCAGCUCCUGUCCAGCCCCACCUGCCACCUCACGCUCCAGUCUUGGGCUACUCUGCAGAAGCACACAAUAGUGUUUGCAGGACUCUACAACCGGCGUGCAGUGCUGGAAAGAUCCCGCUCACGGCACAACCCAAACCACCAGGCUCGAUGAUCGCCCGCGCCUUCCACCGGACGCUCGACAAGUGCCAAAGAGGCCGGCAGCGAGGGGAAGACUUGUAA